GGGAAGUUCGUUAAGCUGGUUGCAGAAUUUGUAGCGGGAUUUGUGGUUGCCUUAGUUAGAGGGUGGCAUCUUGCACUGGUUAUGUUAUCCACUCUUCCCCCCGUGGGGCUAUCUCUCGCGAUCUCGUUCAUCUUCAUGGCGAAAACUGCAUCUCGUGCACAAACCGCUUAUACUAAAGCUGCAAAUGUAGUAGAGCAGACUGUUAGUUCAAUUAAAAUGGUUGCGUCGUUUACAGGGGAAAACAAAGCGGUGGCUAGCUACAAAGCAUCGCUUGCCAAGGCUUACAAGUCUGAGGUUUAUCAACAUCUUGCUCAGGGAUUAGGCUUUGGGACAUUCAUGUUUAUUCUGUUCUCCAGUUUCUCUCUGUCUUUCUGGUAUGGUGGGAGGUUGGUCUUGGAAAAGGGCUAUACGGGCGGUGAAGUUAUCAUAGUAACCUUCGCUGGACUAGACACCAUGGUAGGGGAAAGGGGAACUCAGCUGUCGGGUGGACAGAAGCAACGAAUCGCCAUAGCUCGAGCAAUCUUAAAAGAACCGCGGGUUUUGUUGCUAGACGAGGCAACGAGUGCUCUAGAUGCUGAAUCUGAAAGAGCUGUACAAGAAGCACUGGAAAAAGUUAUGGUGAAUAGAACAACUAUCAUAGUUGCUCAUCGUCUAAGCACAGUUAGAAACGCGGACAUCAUUGCAGUUGUUCAUCAAGGCCAGAUUGCAGAAAAAGUUCAAUGUUUUUGGCUUUCAGGCACUCAUUCUCAACUUCUCAAGGAUCCCGAAGGAGCCUACUCUCGGCUUCUGCACUUGCAAGAGGCAAAUAAAGCAGAAGAAUCGCGGGGAGGUGAGGAUAUGACAGCAGAAUCCAAUAUAGAGUUGGAAAAAUGGAGCUCGGGUUCAAUGUCAAUAGAUGUUCCUGACAAUUAUCCUUCAAGACAUGUGAUUUCAUCCAAAAAAUCACCCGAAAAGGCUGCAGAUGUUUCACUUUGUCGCUUUGCCUCACUCUGCAAGCCAGAACUUCCAACGCUCGCAGCAGCUGCCACUUUUGCUCUCAUUUAUGGAGCUAUCUUCCCCCUUUUUGGCUUACUUUUGGCCAAUAUGAUCCAAACAUAUUACUUGCCACCAAAUAAACUGAAGAAAGAUUCAGCAUUCUGGGCACUAAUGCUGGUGAUUCUUGGAGUGGUGUCAUUACUCUCUACUCUGAUAACGUCAUGCCUAUUCGGGGUGGCUAGAGGUAAACUGAUCAAUCGAAUUGCUUCCAUGUGCUUCGAAAAGGUCGUUCAUACAGAAAUUGGUUGGUUCGAUGAGCCACAGAACUCGAGUGGAGUAAUAGCAGCAAAGCUCUCUUCUGAUGCAGCUACAAUCAGAACAUUAAUCAGUGAUGCCCUUAUCCAGAUGAUUCGAAAUCUUGUUUCUUGUAUUCUUGGUUUAGUCAUUGCUUUUCGAGCAAGCUGGCAGCUAUCAGUGUUUUCCUUCAUCAUGUUCCCACUAAUCGGGGCAAAUAUAUACGUUGAAGCCAAACACACAAAAGGGUUCAGUACCGACACAAAGAUGUUGUACGAGGAUGCCACGCAAGUUGCCAGCGAUGCAGUUGGAAACAUGAGAACAGUUGCAUCCUUCUGUGCAGAAGAGAAGGUCAUGGAACUGUACAACACAAAAUGCGAGAAACCAAAGAGGAGAGGAAUUAAGAGAGGAUUGAUAACAGGGAUGAGCUUUGGUCUAACCUGUACUUUGAUAUUCUUCAUUCACGCCAGCAUUUCUUAUUUUGGUGCACAUCUCGUGGCGGGUGGCAAAGCAACGUUUGAUGAUUAUUUUCGCGUUUUCUAUGCAAUGUAUUUUACAACUUCUAUACUAUCUCAAUUAAGCUCCUUCACCCAAGAUUUCAGAAAGGCAAAAACUGUUGCUAAGUCGAUAUUCGGGCUUCUAGAUAGACAGUCUAAAAUGGACCUCGACGAGAAGUCUGGUUUGGAACUAGACUCGGUGCAGGGAGAAAUUGAGUUUCAAAAUGUAUGCUAUGCAUAUCCAACUAGAACAGAUGUCAAAGUUCUCUGUGGUUUCAGCUUCACAGUUCUGAAAGGGAAGACAGCUGCACUUGUGGGGAAGAGUGGGAGUGGGAAGUCGACAGUGAUAGCAUUACUGCAGAGAUUUUAUGAUUUUGAUUCGGGGCGAAUAAUGCUAGAUGGAGUUGAUAUUAGAAAUUUGAACCUGAAAUGGCUAAGGAAGCAGAUGGGGCUUGUAAGCCAAGAACCAGUUUUAUUAAAUGACACCAUCAGAGCAAACAUUACCUAUGGGAAAGAAGAAGAUGUAACAGAAGGAGAAGUCAUAGCUGCAGCAGAGCUGGCAAAUGCUCACAAGUUCAUCAGUGGCCUGCAACAGGGAUAUGACACGGUGGUAGGGGAGCGAGGGGUUCAGCUGUCUGGGGGACAGAAGCAACGAGUGGCCAUUGCCCGAGCCAUUGUGAAGAGCCCGAGAAUACUGCUGUUGGACGAGGCGACCAGCGCGCUAGAUGUUGAAUCGGAGAGGAUGGUUCAGGAUGCACUGGAUAAGAUUAUGGUGAACCGGACCACGAUAAUGAUAGCACACAGGCUGUCGACAAUUAGAGGAGCUGAUGUAAUUGCUGUAGUUAAGGAUGGGGCUGUUGUGGAGAAGGGAACGCAUGAUAUGCUUAUUGCUAAAAGGGAUGGUCACUAUGCUUCCCUAGUGGCACUCCACAAAGGCCCUUCAUCAGAACCCUCAGUAGCAGCAGCUGAUGUAUGCAGCUUAUAGAAAUUUUGCCCAGGCAGCUGAGUUAGUUUUUGGGUGGUAGAUUGUGAGUAAAGACACAAGAUCA